CUCCGAGCUGCAGGGUGGCCGGAGAAGGGGUGUGGGUAGACGCACGCACCAUGCCGCUGCAGGACAACACCCUCCGAGAGGUGUGGGCCUCCGACAGCGGGCAUGAGGAGGAAGGCGGGAGCCCGGAGGUCCAGCGGCGCCCCAAGCAGCGACCCGCCCGGGGACAGAAGUUGAGGAAGAAGAGGACGGAGGCCCCUGAGUCCCCCUGCCCCACGGGAUCCAAGCCCCGCAGACCUGGAGGCGGGCGGGGUGCCGAGCCCGGGGGCGCCCCCCCGGCCGGGCGGAGGGGGAGGCCGCGGGAGGAGCCCGCCCCGGGGUCGGCCGAGGCCUGCGCGCCGCAGACCGUCUACACCAGGUUCCUCAGGGACCCCGAGGCCAAGAAGCGCGACCCCCGGCAAACCUUCCUCGUGGCCCAAGCGCCGGACGCGGAGCGCGGUGAGGACAACGAGGGGGAAGAAGAGGAGGACGAUGAAGAUGAAGAGGAGGAGGGAAAGAAAGAGAAAAGCCCUCAGGCCCCCAAGAAACCCCCUAAAGAGAAGGCUUCUGCAGACAUCAAGGAGAGGAGGGCAAAGGCCCAGGGCCCGAACGGGGACCUGGGAAGCCUGGUCCCCCCACUGAAACCUCUGCGCAUUAAGAAGAAGGAGGCACCAGCGGGGGAAGGGACCAAGACGAGAAAGACGAAGAAGAAAGGGUCUGGGGAAGCUCACAAGGACCCCUCAGGGAGCCCGGCCAGAGUGAGGAAGAAGAUCCCAGCAGCCAUGUUCCUGGUUGGGGAAGAUGUUCCAGCUGAGAAAACUCUGAAGAAGAAAGGCACUCCCAAAGCCUCAGAAGAGAGGAAGGAGGAAGAGGAAGAGGAGGAAGAGGUGGUGACCAGGAACAGCAAUCAGAAAGGCAAAGCGAAAGGAAAAGGCAAAAAGAAAGCGAAGGAGGAGAGGGCCCCGUCCCCACCCGUGGAAGUGGAUGAACCCCGGGAAUUCGUGCUUCAGCCUGCCCCCCAGGGCCGGACAGUGCGCUGCCGGCUGACCCGGGACAAGAAGGGUAUGGAUCGGGGCCUGUAUCCCUCCUACUUCCUGCACCUGGACACGGAGAAGAAGAAGGUGUUCCUCCUGGCUGGUAGGAAACGGAAACGGAGCAAGACAGCCAAUUACCUCAUCUCCAGUGACCCCACCAAUCUGUCCCGAGGAGGGGAGAAUUUCAUCGGGAAGCUGAGGUCCAACCUCCUGGGGAACCGUUUCACCGUCUUCGACAACGGGCAGAACCCGCAGCACCGCGGAGGCAGCGCUGACGUGGGGAGCCUCCGGCAGGAGCUGGCAGCCGUGAUCUACGAAACCAACGUGCUGGGCUUCCGAGGUCCCCGGCGCAUGACCGUCAUCAUUCCCGGCAUGAAUGCGGACAACCAGAGGGUCCCCAUCCGGCCCCGAAACGCCAGCGAUGGGCUGCUGGUGCGCUGGCAGAACAAGACCCUGGAGAGCCUCAUCGAGCUGCACAACAAGCCACCUGUCUGGAACGAAGACAGUGGCUCCUACACCCUCAACUUCCAAGGCCGAGUCACCCAGGCCUCAGUCAAGAAUUUCCAGAUUGUCCACGCCGAUGACCCCGACUACAUCGUGCUGCAGUUCGGCCGCGUAGCCGAGGACGCCUUCACCCUAGACUACCGGUACCCGCUGUGCGCCCUGCAGGCCUUCGCCAUCGCCCUCUCCAGUUUUGACGGGAAGCUGGCCUGCGAGUGACCCUAGCAGCUCCCCAGCGCCCUCAGAUCCCGCCAGGGUGGGGGAAAGGACUCAGUGGAGGCUUGCAGGGUCCCUUCACCAAAGCGCCCACGGAAGACUCCUCCCACGUAUGGGGCUGACCCCUCACUGUCUCCGGGUGACCUCCAUCCACUCCCCAGCCUGGCACAGGAGGCAGGGGAGGAGCUCAGACGGCGGGUCGGACGGAGAUGAAGAACAUCUGGAGUUGGAGCCGCACAUCUGGUCGCGGCGCUAGCCCGCGCCCCCGCCCCGCGCCCCAGUCACUUCCUGUCCAGGAGCAGUAGUCAGUGUUGUCUUAACCCCCUCUGGGACCGUGCUAGGGCUCCGAGGCGCUGGGGCGGGCUCGGGGCGGGGGGUAGGUGAUGAGGGACGAGGGCCGGGUACCCACAUCCCCAAUAAAGCCGCGUCCGAGGCCCGGCGGAGCGGUGGUUCUUCAGCGCGUGCGGAGAACGAGGCGGCGGGAGGGGUCCGGAGCGCGGGAGAGCGCCGAGGGCGGGCUGGAGGCCUCGCCCCCACCCGCGCCGCCCAGGCCCCGGGCGCUCCCGCGGCCCCUCCCCCGCGCCCAGCGCCGGUCCUACCGAAACUCGGCGGGCGCGCAGUGUCGAGACGCCCCCCAUGGGGCCCCGGGGAGCCGGGCCGAGAGGGAGGGCCCCGGAGGUCCAGGAAGAGGGGGAAAGGGAGAAAUUCGAGAAACAAGCCUCUCGGGGAGAACCAGACAAACCGGGUCCGGGCAGGGCGGGCGCAGCCGCCAGGGCGGGGCCGGGCCUGGGGCCCCGGGAGUGGGGG